GCAGAGGAGAUCCCAGGGAGGCUGACACACUGAGAAAAAGGACGGGACACAAUCAAAAGAUCCUCUUAUGGAAAAGAACCACAGCAGACGGAGACAAGGGGAUGGGCUGCUUAAAUAAGUGACCUCCCGAAUGCAGCAACUGCCUUCUGCCGCAGAGAAAAGCCCGUACUGGAUUCCGGGAAAGUGAAUAGAAAGCCGGGCUCCGAGUGUGUCGUGGCCUGGGUGUGCUGAUCUGUAAGCACGCAAGGCGGGGUGCAUGUUGGAAGAGGGCUCGCACUGCAGAGACAGCCAUGAAAGGAACUCUGCUGCUGUUUUCCAGUCUGAGUAUCCUGCUCCAAGGUGUGGGCAGCUGCCCCAAGAAAUGUUUGUGUCACUCAUCUUCAAACUCUGUGGACUGCAGUGGCCAGGGACUGUCCGAGAUUCCUCCUGAUCUACCCCCAUGGACACUAACCCUGCUCUUACAAGAUAACCAGGUCCAUUGGCUUCCUGCUCAUGCAUUUAGAUCUGUGCCGCUGCUCAGAACCUUAAAUUUAUCUAACAACUCUCUUUCAAAUCUGGCUUCAGAGGCUUUCUAUGGACUUUGGCACUUGGAGGUUUUAAACCUAACCCGAAAUUCCCUGCUUUCCCUGGAAAGCAGCCUUGCCCAUGCCCUGCCUGGGCUCAGGGAGUUGGAUCUGUCAUCUAACAGCCUCAGGCUCCUGCCCACGUCCCUGGGCAAGCCUUGGGAGAACCUGACCAUGUUUGCUGUGCAGCGGAACCAUCUCCUGCAUCUGGAUCGUACACUUCUAGAGGCCAUGCCCAAGGUGAGGCUAGUACUUCUUAAGGACAACCCCUGGAAAUGUGACUGCCACUUGCUGGGUCUGAAACUCUGGCUGGAGAGAUUCACCUUUGAAGGGGGAAUAACAGACAGCGCCAUCUGCAGGCUGCCUGAACACUGGAAGGGAAAGGAACUCCUCUCCAUUCCCCAUGAACUAUACCAGCCCUGUCCUCUGCCUUCUCCAGACCUGGCACCCUCACUAGUUCAGCAGCCCGGUUCUGCCCCUCAAGAGGCCCAUAAGUCUUCUGAGAAUAACUCCGGACAACAAGAUUCCUUGGAGUGUGAGCCCAAACCCAAACCAAAGCCAGCCAACCUGCGCCACGCUGUGGCUACUGUGGUCAUCACUGGGGUGGUAUGUGGGAUCGUAUGUCUCAUGAUGUUGGCAGCUGCUAUCUACGGCUGCACCUACGCAGCCAUCACAGCCCAGUACCAUGGGAGACCCUUGGCACCAACCAGUGAGUCUGAGAAAAUGGGAAGCAAGGAGCCAAUGGACAGUUCCGCAGCCCAAGAACCUCCGUGUCCAAGUUCCUCCUUGAUCAACUGAGGGCCUCCAGAAAUGUUUGAGUGGGCCUGAUGUGCCUCACUGCUCUUCUCCCGUGUAUCGUCUUCCAAAACAACUAAGAGAAAACAUGUGUCUGUUAAAAAAAAAAAGUACCAAAAUUUAUGGGAAGAAAUUUAUGGUAUAGCUUUGAAAUAUCACAGACAAAAUAGUUACGCUCAUAUCCUGCAACUGAGAGGUUAGGACAUGAGUCUAUGUGCAGGAACACGAAGAAGGGAGAGGCCAUCUCUUUUAGGUACCUUUCUCUGGAUUAACUUGUUUCUACAGAGCAACAGGAAUGUUGACAUGUGUGCCAACAGGCAUUCUUAGGAGCUUUGGGGGCCACCAGUUGGAGGGCCUGGAAAGAGGCUGGUGAUCUUACCCGAGGGGUACUGGAUGCCUCUUUAAUUCAAGUUCAUGCUGGAUUGGUGGGACUUUUAGAUGUUGUGUAUGUUACAUAUUUAGUGGAAAUGUCUGUUGGUUGGGAAUUUCAUAGCUGGCCACAAGAGUCGGAUUAUAUUUAAUUUUCUAAAUCAGAAAACCAUUUGGGGCUUUCUGAGCUGCAGGAGAAGACAAGGGUUCCAUGUCUGGUUAAUGGGACUCAGACCUGGAGUCUGGGCAAGGUUUUUGAUGUGAAGGAACACAGAGGGAAUGGGUGAACCAGAAUAUAGGGUAGAUAUCACCAAAAGGCCAUAUCCACCAACCAACUGGAACCUUCCCCUAGAACUCACAGCAGGGAUGAAUUUAGAUUAGGCUGAAUGGUGCUUGUGUCUCUGCAUCUGCAUACACAAUGCACAGAGGGCAUGGAUUUGUACAGCUACACCCACACAUAAACACCCUCGGAGCAAUCAGCUUACCCACUAAUGAGAGGCAGCCGUGUCGGGUUGGGGCCAGUAGCUGUUGCUCACCACCCAGAUGGUGUGCUCAACACUCUGGGAGAGGAAGCAAGAAGGAAGUCAGGGGGAGUGGGAGUUGCUGGGGGACUGGAGGUACCUGGUGGCAGACAUCCUGAAGGCUCGUGCUGAAGUGUGGCUUUAAAAAGUUCAGGUAUGGCUUGCUAAGUCCACACAGACUUUGUCCCGGAGAGUUGCAUGCAAAGUGAAUUUUUGUAAAUUGAAUCAUCAUUUUAAUGCAGCAGGGGAGCUCGCUAUUUAAAGGAACCUUUCAUGGAAUCUUUUCUGUAAUGGAAAUAAUUGGCUCCAGAUUGA